AUGGCAUCAGAGGCGGCGCCACUGACCCGGCGACGCGACGAGGUGCAGGGAGGCGGCGCCGGCGCCCGCGCUCUGCCCCUGCAGCGUCACGCGCUGCGGGUCUCCCCCGAAGCUAGCGAUGUUGCUCUGCACCCACACCAGGGCCAGCCGCUGGUCCUUCAGCUCCGCCGUGCACCCACACGAUCACGGGCAGCCCUGCACCCUCCCCUGGCACUCCAGGCACGUACACGUUCAGGUAGAGGCAGUCCUCCGAGCCGCUGCCAGUCGCCUGCACGCAGUCGCUGCCGUACUGGGUGGCAUCUCGGACUCCAUCCCACCCACUUGCUGCAAGCGGCGGCUGUAGGCACCACAACACAGACGGAAGACGUGCUGGUGACCGUGGAGCAGGGCACGCUGAGAGGGACCACAGCCACGAGCGUCUACAACACCUCCUACACGGCCUUCCUGGGCAUUCCGUAUGCUCAGCCUCCACUCGGGGAGCUGCGCUUCCAAGCGCCGCAACCGGCUAACAAAUGGGAGGGAGUCCGUGAAGCCACAGAGUACGGCAGCGACUGCGUGCAGUCGGACGGCACCGGCUCGGAGGACUGCCUCUACCUGAACGUGUUUGUGCCUGGCGUCCCAGAGGAGGGUGCCGGGCUGCCCGUCAUGUUCUGGGUGCACGGCGGAGGGUUCGUCUACGGCAGUGGCUCAGACGAGGAGCACGGUCCGGACUUUCUCAUUUCCUAUGGUGUCAUACUGGUCACCAUCAACUACCGCCUAGGAGCGACAGGUUUUCUUAGUACGGGCGAUUCAGUGGCACCUGGAAACGCGGGUCUCAAGGACCAGCAGUUGGCGCUCUCCUGGGUGCAGAGAAACAUCGCCAGCUUCGGCGGCGACCCCCAGCAAGUAACUCUUCAAGGGCAGAGUGCCGGUGGUUCUUCUGUCUCGCUUCACUUCGUGUCGCCAAUGUCCUCAGGUUUGUUUUCGCGACUCAUUAUUGAGAGCGGCAACUUCAUCGCCCGGCCUGUACUGCAGGCGACAGCGGCACGGCAACGUGCAUUCCGUCUGGGAGCCGCCCUUGGCUUUCAAACAGACGACUCGCAGCAGCUCAUCUCCUUCCUGCGAUCAGUGAACGCUACAGACCUACUAGUGGACAGUUCACUCAUCCUGACAGAGGAGGAGCAAAGUCAGAUCAUAUCUAUGCUGUGGGCUCCAAACAUAGAGUCAGAAUUGGAGGGCGCCUUCAUUCCAGAGUCUCCCAUUCAGGCUCUGCUCGACGGACGAUUCAGCCAGGUGCCUGUAUUGACAGGGGUUACUUCUGGAGAGCUUGGGUCUUCAAUACUUGAGGAUCCGUCGCUUGUCAAUGGUCUUAAUGAAGCGUUCGAGAAUGCAGUUGGACCCUGCCUCCAUUUGCCGACAGUGGAGCAGCAGGCAAGUGCAUCCCAGAAGCUGAGGGACUUCUACUUUGGCAAUGGCACCAUUUCCUUGAAUGACACGGAUACCCUCGUCAAUUUUAACAACGACAUAGGAACGUUUGAGCCUACUGAUUCGUUGGUGAGAAAAUUGGCCAGUAUCUCCAACCUAACAGUUUAUUAUUACGAGUUCGACUACAGAGGUGUGAAUGUGCCCACUACACCAUGGGGAGUUAUACAUUCUGGGGAACUUCCUUUCCUGUUUUUGAGGAAAGACACAGAAUACAAUCUGGAUCCCGCAUCGGAGGAAGAACAAAUACGCAGAAACGUGUUGCGGCUAUGGACGAACUUCGCCAAAUACGGGAACCCCACUCCUGAUGCGGAUCCCGUGGUGUGGGAGCCAUAUGACCUCACCAGUCGCAGCUACCUGCUAAUGCAGGCCAACUUCACGCUCUCGCACGACAGGCUCGGAGAAAGGAUGGAUUUCUGGAACGAGAAUGUACCGCUUCUGCCGUAUCCCAGCACCAUCUGACACACUAGGUCUCACGGAGAGGAUGUGCUGGUGACCGUUGAGCAGGGUGGUCUGCGAGGAACCACAGCCACGAGCGUCUACAACACCUCUUACACGGCCUUUCUGGGCAUCCCGUACGCUGUGCCGCCGCUGGGGAAACUGCGUUUCCAGGCUCCACAGCCGGCAGGAAACUGGGAUGGAGUGCGUAAUGCCACCCAGUACGGCAGCGACUGCGUCCAACAGGACGGCAGCGGCUCGGAGGACUGCCUCUACCUGAACGUGUACGUGCCGGGCGUUCCAGAAGAGGGCGCGCAGCUGCCCGUCAUGUUCUGGGUGUACGGCGGAUCGUACGUACGCGGCAGCGGCUCUGACCGCGAGUACGGUCCCGACUUCUUCAUCUCCUACGGCGUCAUUUUGGUCACUGUUAAUUACCGCCUGGGGCAGCUUGGUUUCCUGAGCACGGGAGACGCUGUCGCCCCUGGCAACGCGGGUCUUAAGGACCAGCAGCUGGCGCUGACCUGGGUGCAGAGGAACAUCGCGAGCUUUGGCGGCGAUCCUCAGCAGGUCACAAUAUUCGGACAAAGCGCCGGUGGUGUGUCCAUCUCUCUGCAUUUUGUCUCACCGAUGUCCUCAGGUCUGUUCUCACGAGCCAUUAUGCAGAGUGGGAACUUCAUCGGCCGACAUCCGCGCUCGACUGCAGCAGCACGCACUCAUUCUUUGAGACUGGGCGCAGCCCUCGGCUACGAAACAGACGAUUCGCAACAGCUGCUCGACUUUCUGCAGUCUGUGAACGCUACAGACCUUCUGGUAGACGACUCACUCAUCCAGACAGAUGAGGAGAAGAAGCAGAUUAUAAGCGUUCUAUGGGCGCCAAAUAUCGAGCCAGACCUGGAGGGUGCUUUCCUUUCUGACUCCCCUAUCCAGAUGCUCAUCGACGGCCGCUUCAGCAAGGUGCCCGUCAUGACAGGCACUACUUCCGCCGAGCUUGGAUUCAGAAUUCUUGAAGACUCUGAGCUGAUCGCCAGUCUGAACGAAGACUUUGCAGCUGUGGUGGGUCCCAGCCUUCACCUGCCCACGGCAGAACAGCAGACAGAGGCCGCCUACAAGUUGAAGGAUUUCUACUUCGGCAACAGCACACUUUCUGUCGAUAAUCCAGACCCUUUGGUCUAUUUCAACGACGACAUCGGAUCGUUCGACUCCAACGAUGCGUUGAUUAGAAAAGUUGUCGAGGUCUCCAACCUGACGCUCUAUUUCUACGUGUUCGACUACAGAGGAGAUAUCGUUGCGACAAACCCAUGGGGAGUGUCACAUGCAGGGGAGUUACCUAUUCUUUUUCUGAGAGAAGAUACAGAAUAUAACUUAGACCCCGACUCAGAAGAAGAGAAAGUGCGCAGAAAUAUGCUGCGUCUCUGGACGAACUUCGCAAAAUAUGGGAACCCUACCCCUGAGGCGGACCCCGUGGUGUGGGAGCCGUACGACCUGAGCAGCCGCAGCUACCUGCUGAUGCAGGCCAACUUCUCGCUCGCACACGACAGGCUUGGCGAGCGCAUGGACUUCUGGCGCGAGAACGUGCCACUGCUGCCGUUUCCCGACACCGUAUGA